UUACAGGAAGUAAUGUUAAUAAUAAUGGUAAUUAUAUUUACUUGAGUGAUGAAAUGGAUGAUCAGCAAGUUGAAAAUAUAAAAACUCAUUUUAAUCUACAAGAAAAAGAAAAAAAUGAAGUCAAGGUUGUGUUUGAGGUUCUUGCCAUUAUAUUUGAAGUCCUAAUUGUAUUGGAGAGCACUAUAUGGUAUAUCGAUUCUCAUGAUAGGUUUCAGGAGACAGAACUUCCUCCUAUUCAUGAAUUUUAUAGUACUCUUAAAAAUAAAAUCUCACAAGAUGAUUACAAACACGCUCAGAAAGUAUGGAAGGAAUUCAGAUGUAAAAAUCUAGGUGAAUACCAUGAUCUCUAUCUUAAAACUGAUAUACUUAGUCUAGUAAAUGUCUGGACAGAGUUUCAAAAAAUGUCUAUAGAAUAUUAUGAACUUGAUCCCAGUCACUAUAUUUCUGCCUUAUCACUAUUCUGGGAUGGAAUGCUUAAGAUGUCAGGAGUUAGGAUUGAACUUUUUACAGAUAUAAUUAUGCAUGAUUUUACUGAAAAAGCUAAGCAUAGUG